AAGACUCAGGCAGAAUGACAGUGACAGCUGCCUGGUGGCAUUCAGAGGGAAUCGAGCGGUUCAUCUUCUGCAGGCUCAGGAAUAAGUGUACCAUUACAGCCCAGCUGCUCAGAGAGAAACCACCUAACCCAGCGUCAGGGUCAGCCUGCUGUCCUACAGCCACGGCGGGGCGCCUUGGACACCUGUGAGGCUCCACCAAGACCCCUCUGUGAGCUCCCUCCACGUGGACUGCCACACCCGCUCCCUGCCAGCGACAGCCCAGGGUAGGACACCGUCCCGGCCUUCAGGCGACAGAGGAGAGUGGGUGGAAAGGAAGGUAAAUGGGGGCCCGGCAGUCCAGGGCACAGUCCAAGGACAAGGGCCCCAAGGGGAUGGUGCUCCUGCGGGGCAGGCAGAAAUUCUCCCCAUGGGACGACACGCUGCUCUUGGGAAAGGACCCACGCUCUCUGCUGAAGCGGGGCAUGUGCCACGUCAGCUUCAGCCUGGUCACCAAGGGCAUGACGGAUGUCCCUGACUUUCUGUGGGGCUUGUCUGAGGUCCAGAAACUCAACCUUUCUCACAACCAGCUCAGGGUUCUGCCCCCUGAAGUGGGGAAGCUGAGUCGGCUGGUGGUCCUGAACCUGUGUGGGAACCGUCUGAAGAGCCUGCCCCGAGAAAUCAGCCUCCUUAGGAGCCUGAAGGUCCUGUUUGUCAACAUGAACUGCCUGACGGAGCUGCCGACUGACCUGGGAGCCUGCAAGAGUCUGGAGGUCCUGAGCCUGUCGCACAACCGCCUCUCCCAGCUUCCCGCCAGCGUGGCCGACCUCUCCCGACUGCGGAAGCUGAACCUUAGCAACAACUACUUUGCUCACAUCCCCAUCUGUGUAUUCUCACUGAAGGAGCUGGAUUUCCUGCACAUGGGCUCCAAUCGCCUGGAAAACAUUGCCGAGAGCAUCCAGUGCCUGGCCAGUCUGCAGAUCUUCAUCGCUGAGAACAACAACAUCCACUGCUUCCCGAGGUCACUCUGCCUGCUCUCGAACCUGGAGCUGCUGAACUUGAACAACAAUGAUAUCCAGACCCUCCCGAAUGAGCUCUACCUGCUGUGUAGACUGGUGAAGAUCGCUUGGAAUCCCAUGGACAAAGGGCUCCACAUUUCCCACAACCCUUUAUCCAAGCCUCUGCCGGAGCUGGUGGAGGGGGGCCUGGAGAUGCUGUCCAGCUACCUGAAGGACAGAAAGCAUAGCUGAGUGCACACCUGGGGCACUCAGUGGGACCCUGUCAGAGGGGUACUUCUCUAGCCUAGACUUUCUCUGCUUACUUUUUAUGUUGGUCAAUGCCUGUGCUAGUAUUUGCCAAAUCGUAUUUGAACACCUGCUCUAGGGAGGUGUUUGCUUUUAGCUCUGUGUGUUCCUGAGAGCCACGUUAUGUUAUGUUCAUCUCACUUAAACAUAAAUUGAAACAGGGCUUUGGUUUUCUCCGAAGAGAAAUAAUCCUGAUUCUUCUGCGGAGUAGUGAGAUUCAGCCCUUGGAAUCAUGCAUGGCAGGUCUGAGUCAAGGCAAUCCUAAAGUCAGAUAGUUGCUAAGUAUGCGCUGUGAGCCAAGUGUGGUCUGAGGCAUUGACACCUUCUGGUUUCCGCUCUUGACACGGCAGCCUGCAGCCAGGUAACAGCACAGUAAGACCCGCUCCCACAGUAAGACGCCGUCAACAGCACUUGGGACCAAAGAGCAAGCUGGAGCCCCUCUGUCCCGGAAUGACCAAAGCAGGCAGAGAUUCCCCGGAGUUCUGGGGGAGCCACCAUAGGAAUCUCUCUACAAAAUAACUGUAGGGUAACAACUGAGCUGCUCAUGUUUGCAUCUGGUGGUGAGUGACGGGCAGCAUGAUGGUUUCAGAUAAUAAACCCGAAUUCAUCCUAAGCGCCUCUGCAGCCUUCUCUCCCAAUCCACGUGCACCCACAGUCAUAUCCCCGGGCUUUUCUAAAGACACCAGCAAUGAUUAAAUGGUUAAAUUGCACUUUUCUUCUCUUGCUAGCUGUGCCCUCUCAGAGUUGAGCUAGUAGUC